CACGCCUUGCAUUGGCCGGCACAAAACAAAGACGAAGAAGAACCGAAUGCACUGGAUGAGAAUUUACCAGAAGAGAGCCGUGAUUUUUUUUCCCACUCCUCUCAUGCAUUCCCGUUUUUAAGGAGGCGAUAGUGCUUUUAUUUAUUGCGAACACUUGUUUGGCUGUGUGAUUUUUGAACAUCAAGUCAACCGAAGAAGGAAGCGACCAACACCACAACGGGGAGGGGGAGAAGAAGCUGCCAGAGCAGCUAGCGCCAGGUUGCUGAAAUCUUUCUUCCAUCAGCGUCCUGAUGGUGUGUUUGUCGAGUUGAAGAAGCCCACCAGUCGCAGUGUGUCUCAUCUUCCCAAGCCGACAUGUCCAUCGCCAACACGCCCACCAGCAACGACGCCUGCCUGAGCAUCGUGCACAGCCUUAUGUGCCACCGGCAGGGCGGCGAGAGCGAGAGUUUUGCCAAGCGGGCCAUCGAGAGCCUGGUGAAGAAGCUCAAGGAGAAGAAGGAUGAGCUGGACUCUCUUAUCACCGCCAUCACCACCAACGGCGCCCAUCCUAGCAAGUGCGUCACCAUCCCCAGGACACUGGAUGGACGUCUGCAGGUGGCGGGUCGCAAGGGUUUCCCACAUGUGGUCUAUGCCAAGCUGUGGCGCUGGCCCGACCUGCACAAGAAUGAACUGAAACAUGUCAAAUACUGCCAGUAUGCUUUCGACCUCAAGGCCGACAGCGUUUGCGUCAAUCCUUAUCACUACGAACGGGUGGUCUCUCCUGGCAUAGAUAUAUCAGGACUGAAUCUAACAGGCUCCAGGCCCGGCUCUGCGCUGAUGGUCAAAGAUGAGCAUGAUUUUGACGGCCCCCAGAGCCUGCCCCCCAUGGACGAAGGCCGCUCCAUGCAAACCAUCCAACACCCUCCAUCAGGGGGCCUCCCGGGACCGUCUGACUUAUUUGCCCCUACCAGCAUGCUUCCUCCCGCCGACGCGUCCACUUCUGCCUCCACGUCGUCGUUCCCCACUGUCGCCACAGGAUCGGCCAGUGGCAAUACUGUCUGGUCAAGGAACAGCAGCUUCACCCCCAACACGCCGCACCACAGCAACGGUCACCUGCAGCAUCACCCUCCCAUGCCUCAGCCGGCACACUACUGGUCAGUCCAUGAUGAGUUUCCAUUUCAGCCUCCCAUAUCUAAUCAUCCUGCUCCAGACUACUGGUGCUCCAUUGCCUACUUUGAGAUGGACCUGCAGGUGGGCGAGACCUUCAAGGUACCGUCGUCGUGCCCCGUCGUGACCGUGGACGGUUACGUAGACCCGUCGGGCGGCGACCGCUUUUGUCUGGGUCAGCUCAGCAACGUCCAUCGCACAGAAGCCAUCGAGAGAGCCAGACUUCAUAUCGGCAAAGGCGUACAGCUGGAGUGCAAAGGCGAGGGCGACGUUUGGGUGCGCUGCCUCAGCGACCAUGCCGUCUUCGUGCAGAGCUACUACCUGGACCGCGAGGCCGGACGAGCGCCCGGCGACGCCGUCCAUAAGAUUUACCCCAGCGCUUACAUUAAGGUGUUCGACUUGCGUCAGUGUCACAGACAAAUGCAGCAACAGGCGGCAACCGCUCAAGCGGCGGCUGCGGCGCAGGCAGCUGCAGUGGCAGGAAACAUCCCAGGACCCGGCUCGGUGGGAGGGAUCGCGCCCGCCAUCAGUCUGUCGGCAGCGGCCGGCAUCGGCGUGGACGACCUACGCCGCCUGUGCAUCCUGCGCAUGAGUUUUGUGAAAGGCUGGGGGCCCGAUUACCCUCGGCAAAGCAUCAAGGAGACGCCAUGCUGGAUCGAGAUCCACCUGCACCGCGCCCUGCAGCUGCUGGACGAGGUGCUGCACACCAUGCCCAUCGCCGACCCCCAGCCGCUCGACUGAACUCAGAUGGACUCUCUCUCUGCUUGUUGGUGUUGUCAUCGUUCUCGUCAGGUGGGUUUUGACGGUGCUGUGGUGUUAACCCAAAAUAACUCAUUUCAUCCGAAAGGGCAAACUAUAGAUCAGUCAGACUGCUGGACUAGACCAGAGUGCUGUGUUUUCUACAUGAUGAACAUUUGUGGCUUUUUUUUUUUUUUUUUUUAAAUAGAGUAUUUAGUGUAAGAUUUCAGUUGAUUUUACGAUUGCAGUUUUACCAGUCACUACAUUAGGUACACAUGCAUAAAAAUGUUGGUUUAUGAUAUUUUCAGAUGUAUUGAAAAGUAAGGCCACAUUGUUAAGAAAAAUAAUGUAGAAGGGGUAAUAGUCAAAGAAUGCAAUUAUGCGGGCACUAUUAUAAUGACAAGUUCCUUCACAUAAUCGUACAACCAAUUAAAUUUAAUUAUUUUACAACUAAGUUUUGAAAUUAUAUGGAAGAUGUAUGUUAUUGAGAAAGUGAUUUCGCAACAAUGAAUUAAAACAUCUGAAUUUUAGAAGUCAUUUUAAGAGAAAAAAUGGGCUAAUGAUAAAUUAAAUUGUAAUUUCAUCAGAAAGUGAUUUUGUGUGGGGGGGUUAUUAGUAUGAGAAUGUUAAUAUUCUCUUAAUAAAAUGGAAAUAUUACCCCAAAAAUAAGUAUAAAACUUUUACGAGUAAGUCAGAAUUUUGACAAAAAGUGACAUAAGUUUUUGAAAUAAUAAUUUACAAGAAACUGAAGGUGGCGUUAUGAAACUUAAGGUCAGACUUUUGAUGAAGCAAUAGUUGUGUCGCAGAGUUAAACGUCUCAUUAGAUUGUGUACCUCGUGUUGUGGCCAGUGACCGAUCCUCUUGUAUCAGAUCACAAAAUACUAGCAGUAAAUCUACAUUUCCCAGCAGUUUUGAUAGAUUUUGUUAACAUUUUCUUUUUACCUUUUUUUUUAAUUUUUUUAUUAACUGUUUUAUGUUCUAGCACUUUACUUCGACUUAGUUGUUGGAACACUAAAGACGCCAUUUUGUUUUCCCACCUUUUCACCAACAGAUGUUCCUGUUGUGGUUAGUUGGACGUAUUAUUUUUUAAUCAAGUGUUUGUAAAUAGAAAAGAAAACAAUAUGAUCUUUGUAGUGCAUGCUGAUGUCAAUGAUCCCACAUUUAAACUCACUUUUACAUGAAUAAAUCAAGUCAUAAGUGAUACAAACAAGAGACUCAAUGUGGCUUAAAAUGAAACCAUCUUUAUUAAGUAACUUUAAUAUCAGAAAAAUAAAACUCUUAAAAUUCUCUUUACAGCAAAUAUAACAACAUCAGUGCUUAGGCCGCAAUAACUUAAAAGGCCCAUUUAUAAAAUAUAGUCUUGCUUUUUUUAACGCCUGACUCUGCCAUUUUGUAUUAAUUUUUAUAUAUAUAUAUAUAUAUAUGCCAUAAGACUUGCUCCCUACAUAUACAUCAAGUAGUAAAAUUAGCACAAAAACGGCUACUAAAAAAAUUUUACACUUUGUUGAAUACGUAUUAACAGGCAGUUCUUAUAUUCAGCGGUUUAAUUUCACUUAACUAUUUUUUUUACUAUCUUACAUUUUAUUUUUUUAUUAAACGCAGACAUGCUUGUGUAUGCACAUUCCAUAUUUCCAGUGGUGGCGUUCCAAUAAUCUAACUACAAAGUGGAUAAAGCAUAGCAAAUUCAUUCGUGUUUAUCGCCCGCGCAAAGAAAAAUUAAAAAAUUUAAAUCUUAUUGUAAACAUCGGAAUAUAGUUACUUUUUCCAGAUAUAUAUAUUUAUAUAUAUAUAUAUAUAUAUAUAGAAUAUGAAAUGUAACAAAAUAAAAAUAACUUCUGUACAUCUCAGUUCUCAGUCCUUAACAAUAUAAUACAAUAAGCUGAGGGUUGACCAUGUAUAUUGCAUUCACCCCCACCCCAAAAAAAAAAAAAAAAAAAAACACCAACAAAGGACGGAUAUUGAUUAGAGGGAAAAGAACCUGGAGGGUAUCAUCUUGGGUGUCUUAGUUUUCAAGCAAAGAAUCACUCAAACUUGAGUUCAAUCCCAAAUACUACUACCAAAAAAAACUUAAUUUAGUUGUGGAGUGUUUACAUUCCAGGCG